UGUCACGAUGGCGGUGCCCAGGAGCUGCGUUCUAUGGCGCUCCUGCGGCCGCGGGUGGUGGCGAGCCACGGGACACUGCAGGCUCCCCCCGCCGUGUCGUAGAUCCUGGCCGUGGGCCACGCUGGGUGCGCGGUCCUUGUCCCAGGAGCAGCGAGCCGCGGAAACGCACUUCGGGUUUGAGACCGUGUCGGAAGAGGAGAAAGGAAGCAAAGGUGACAGAGGGCGAGGGGGUGGAUGGAGGGACAGGUCGGGCUCCUGUGACAUUUCGUUCCGGUUCCUUAGUUACGUUCAGGCGCAGCAUCAGAGGAGACAGAGGAGACAGCUAAGGACUCAGCAAAAUUUAUCCUGGGAAGAAAUUGCCAAAAAGUACCAGAAUGAAGAGGAUCCCUUGGGAGGUUCACUUGCCACGGUCUGUGACAUCAACAGGGAGAUGCUAAAGGUUGGGAAGCGGAAGGCCUUGGACCAAGGACACACAGCUGGACUGGCAUGGGUGCUGGGAGACGCUGAAGAACUGCCCUUCAAUGACGACAGCUUUGACGUUUAUACCAUUGCAUUUGGGAUCCGGAAUGUCACACACAUUGACCGGGCUCUCCAGGAAGCCCAUCGGGUCCUAAAGCCAGGAGGCCGGUUUCUCUGUCUGGAGUUUAGCCAAGUGAACAACCCCCUCAUCUCCAGGCUUUAUGACCUGUACAGCUUCCAGGUCAUCCCUGUCAUUGGUGAGGUCGUUGCAGGAGACUGGAAGUCCUACCAAUACCUUGUAGAAAGUAUUCGGAAGUUCCCAAAUCAGGAGGAGUUCAAGGACAUGAUUGAAGAUGCAGGCUUUCAGAAGGUGACUUAUGAGAACCUGACUACAGGGAUUGUGGCCAUUCACUCUGGCUUCAAACUCUAGCUCCGUUUCUACUGUGGAGCACAAGGCAGUCAUCUCUAACCGAUGAGAGUCGCUGACCAUUCGUCUCCUCUUAAAGCCGUAAGACCUUGGAUUCAUGUUCUGCAAUCAGUGACCAGUGUCAGAGUCGGGAAGGAAGAGACAGACUCCUGCCUUUUUUUUUUUUUUUUUUUAUUUGCAGCUCUCAUUAGUAGCUGCCCAGGCUGCUGAGAAAUGUCUGGCCUGGUUCUUGCUGCACCCUGGCUAAAGGCUUAGCCGUGCAGUGGGAGUCUGGCAAAGCCAGCAUGACUGCAAUUCUGAAGCUUGUCCGUAGCUCCUCUAGGACAGAAGUCUUCUAGAGGGGCAAUGGGUCACUGGAACCCAAGGAGAAUCUGAACCAGCCCUUCAGACCAGAAUGGAAUCUAGGGCCAAAAGCCACGGUCCGUACCCCAGCCGGUGAGGCGCUCGCUCCGCGGUGAGCACCGCUGAGAUCUGGGGCUGGGGUGCAGCUCAGUGGAGCACGUGCCUGGCCCGUGGAGGCCCUGGGUUUGGUGUCCCCCAGAAGCAAGCAAACACAAGUAGGAUUCUGUGAAGCAGUAAAGUUUACAAAUUGGGUGUGGUUGUUACUCUUUCUUAGAAGAGGUGACACAGAUGUAUGUCUGUCCUGUCACCAGUGCUCCGCACAGACGCCAUCCUUGGCUCCCGGCACUCACACGGUGGUUUACAACUCUCUGUAACUUGUACUAGGGAACCCAAUGCCCCCACUUGACCGGUGGGGACUGUAUAUACACACACACACACGCAGUGAUUUACAUAAAAAAUUAAAUAAAAAUCUAAAAAAAUCCUAUGAGCCCUGGAUGGCCCAAAAGUGCCAUCUCAGCACAGCCACAUGCUGAGCCAAGCCCGCAGAACAAGUUCCAGGCCAGCUAGGACUGCACGCUGAGCUCAUACUUCUCUAGAGAAGCUUUAAAAUAAUAAAAUGAAAAUGACUAUGCAUAUAGCCCAGUUCCUCCAGUUCCAAGAACCACCUAGGCAGAGAUUGAUCUCUUUGCCCUCCAUUGUGAUGUUAAGAGAUUUUCUAUGUAUUUUGAAUCUGACAUUAAGAAACUGCAGAAACGCCUGGCAGUGGUGGUGCAAGCCUUUAUUGCCUGGUCUACAAAGUGAGUUCCAGGACAGCCAGGACUAUACAGAGAAACCGUCUUCAGAAAACAAAAAGGAAACUGCAGAAACCAGUCAGGUAAGAUAGUGCACACUAGGGGUCAUUUAUAGAUCAUCUCAGAACAGCAGUAAAGAGCAUGAGA